GGUUGCCAUCCACCAGGGAGAAAACCAGGAGCACGUGGGUAAGACUAUGGGAUUUGGAAGUUGUUUCCUGGGAGCCAAGACCGGGAGGCACCUCCCUCCACUUCCAAGUUAAAUUCUGAUCUCCGAGAUCCCAGGAGGAACUGUUAGGCUCCAACAAGGACUGAAAACCACGAGGAAAGCCGGCGCUUUCCUCCGCGGGGACUGCCCACCUUCCUCCCGGGUUGAACCUCCAGGAGUGAAAAAAGGCAUCACCUCAUCCCUUCCAACUUUCCGCCGACACUUCUCUACUUUGGCAGGCAGAGCGCUAGGACCUGCCCCAUCUGGCGCUAGAAAAGAGCUUUGAUGCCGGCCGCAGGGAUGAGUCCCAAGUGGCGCUGCCUGCUCAGCGGCUCCGAGGAGCGGGUGCUGCUGGUGGCCUUUUGGCAGAUGUAUUUCUGUCAUUGAGCAUUGGCCCGUUGGAAGGCACAAGGGAAGCUCAGUCAUCAGUAUGUCCAAGUACAAACUGGUUAUGUUAAGACAUGGAGAGGGUGCUUGGAACAAAGAGAAUCGUUUUUGUAGCUGGGUGGAUCAGAAGCUUAACAGUGAAGGCCUGGAGGAAGCGCGGAACUGCGGGAAGCAGCUCAAAGCCCUGAACUUUGAGUUUGAUCUUGUGUUUACCUCCAUCCUUAAUCGGUCCAUCCACACAGCUUGGCUGAUCCUGGAAGAGCUGGGCCAGGAGUGGGUUCCUGUGGAAAGCUCCUGGCGUCUGAAUGAGCGCCACUAUGGAGCCUUGAUAGGCCUCAAUAGGGAGAAGAUGGCUUUGAACCAUGGCGAAGAGCAAGUGAGGAUCUGGAGAAGAAGCUACAAUGUGACCCCGCCACCCAUCGAGGAGUCUCAUCCUUACUACCACGAAAUCUACAAUGACCGGAGGUAUAAAGUGUGCGAUGUACCUGUGGAUCAACUGCCACGGUCUGAAAGCUUAAAGGAUGUCCUGGAGAGACUCCUUCCCUUUUGGAAUGAAAGGAUUGCGCCUGAAGUGUUACGCGGCAAAACCAUUCUGAUAUCUGCUCAUGGAAAUAGCAGUAGGGCACUCCUGAAACAUCUGGAAGGCAUCUCCGACGAAGACAUCAUCAACAUUACCCUUCCUACCGGCGUCCCCAUUCUCCUGGAACUGGAUGAAAACCUGCAUGCUGUUGGGCCUCACCAGUUCCUGGGUGACCAAGAGGCUAUCCAAGCAGCCAUCAAGAAAGUAGACGACCAAGGGAAAGUGAAAAAAGCUGAAAAAUAAAGUCUUUCCCAAGUGCUGGCUAGGGAUAGCUGCAGAAAGGAGUGGCAUGUGGUGUGUUAUGGUGCUGACUCUCUCUUUUUUUUCUUUUCCUGAUUUUUUCCAGGGCUAGGCCGUGAGGUGAAGUUUGUGCCAGUAACUAGGUAUCUUGUGUUGGCCUGGGUAAAGACAUUGGGGUGCCUGAGUGCUUAUGUCAUAAGCCUCGUGGGUUAGCCCUCCUGCCAGCCCUGUUUGAGUUAGCCACUAAACGAGUCACCAGUGGGGGUUUAUUAGUGUCACGAGUUUCUGAGAUGGGAGACUGAUAGUGGAGGUAGAGUGUAAGGUGGUCAUCAUUCAGCAAAUCAUCAUUGAGUCGCCACUGACAGGUACUAAUUGCUCUAGUAAGAAGUUCACUUUUACAUUUACUAAGGCUUUCUGGGAUGAUAGGAAAGGGUAUUAGAUCACACACUAUACUUAAGUAUUUAUUACUAGCCUUUUCCUCUAGGAAAAGGGAUGUUUUCAUAGGCAAGAUGAGAGGCCCAUUAAAUGGGAAAGCCACAGAUGGGUUCCCCCAAGAUAGCCAGCCAUAUACAAGGCCCUUCGCUCUGUCUCUAGUCCAGAGACUCCUUUGUUUGACAUUUGGUGGAAUUCCUCUUUGGCAACUAGAAAUAGCAGCACAUAGACAACUGUAGCUGUUUGUGUUCGCUUGUGUUUUGUUUUUGUUUUCUGAACCUUAAUCUUUGGGUACUUAAAAUUGGUUUAAAAAUAAAGUUCUGUGACCAAAAAUGAUACCCCGAGUAUCUCUAUAUGAUUCAUAAAUAUUAGAUAAAGGCCUCUGAACUGGU